AUGUCUAAAAUGGGGCCCACUGUUAAAGAAGUAAGUGCACGUGUUGAUAAAUUAGCAGAGCAGUUUGAAAAAGGCCUUGAAGCAUUCAAACAUAGGUUUUUGAGUAAAAACCCUUCGCCCUUAGUAUCUGAUAUACACAGUAAGUUUCUUGAGGACUUUAAGAGGUUCGAAAUUAAUAUUAUUAUGUCUCUACGUCAAAUAAAAGAGGACAUAAAGGGUCUUCAGGACAAUAUUGUAGCCCUUAAUAGANNNNUUAGGGAUCUCAAUCUUAAGGAUAUCGAAAAUGACCAGGAUGUUGAAGUGUAUGUUCGGAACAUGAAGAAGAUAAUCAAACAUCAACAGUUACUUAUGAGAUACGUCGACGAUUUAAAUACAAUAUUAUGUGUGCCAGUUGCGCUGUUGAUUGUAACUAACAUUUCCAUAAUGUGUAUAGCUAUGUAUAAUACAACAGUAAAUGAAGGGAAUUUAUUUGUUCAAGUUAGACUGAUUGUGACAAUAGUAUGUAUACUCACAGAAUCUUUUUUUGUGUAUGGCUUUCCCGCACAAGUAAUGAUGGACCAGUCAGAAGCAACAGCAGAGACUAUAUAUUCUGAGUGCAAAUGGUGCCUACCGAAAUUGCGACAUUUGCGAAACGAUUUCCUGAUUAUGAUGAUGAGGAGUCAGGAAGGUGUUUCUAUAAGGGCUGCAAAUUAUCACAUCAUUAAUAAUAGAACUGUUCUAUUAAUAAUGAAAACUGCUUACAGCUUUUAUACUUUUAUGCAAAAAGUAGCAUAA